CUCCAGAGCAGCGGCCCUCCGCGCGGGAAGCCCAAAAUCACCACCCGCCGUCGGCCCUUCGCUCCCCCCCGCUCGACGGGCGAAGCGCGGCCUUGCUUGCAGCAUGUCCGCCUUCCUGGAGGCUUCGCGCGGCCCGAGCGCGGCCACGGCGCCCGCGCCGCUCGCGCGGACGCGCGCGUCGCCGGUGUCCCUCCGCGCCGCCGGGAAGGAGGUGAGCGAGGCCAAGAAGCUCCGCGUCGUCAUCGCCGGGGGCGGCGUUGGCGGCCUGGUGACGGCGAAGUCGCUGUCGAAGCUGCCCAACGUAGAGGUGACCGUGCUGGAGCAGGCGGGCGCCUUCGCCCGCUUCGGGGGCCCGAUCCAGAUGGCCUCGAAUGCGCUGUCCACGAUCCGGGCCAUCGACGAGCCUCUCUUCGGAGAGCUCAUGAAGCGCUUCACGUUCACCGGGAACCGGAAGAACGGCCUCGUCGACGCUCUGCGGACCGAGUGGUACUGCCCGUUCGACGCGAUGAAGUCCAGCGCCCAGGCGUUCCAGCUGCCCUACACGGGCGUCGUCGAUAGGCCCGACCUGCAGGAGAUCCUCCUCGACUCGCUCCCGGAAGGCACCGUUCAGAACGGGAAGAAGGUGGCGGGCUACGAGAAGCUGCCCGAUUUCCAGGGCGUGAAAAUCAGCCUCGAGGACGGCGAGACGGUGGAGGCGGACGUGCUCCUUGGCGCCGACGGCAUUUGGUCUGCCACCCGCGCACAGAUGUGGAACGAGGAGAAGAAGGGCCCCAACUCGGGAUGCAGCUACAGCGGCUACAUCGUCUUCGCUGGAGAGACCGUCUACCAGCCAGAGGACUACUUCGAGGUCGGCUACAAGGUCUAUAUGGGGCCCAAGCAGUACUUUGUGACGUCCGACGUUGGCCGCGGGCGCAUUCAGUGGUAA